AUCCACAUUGAUUAGAACAAUGUACAGGAAAGUGAUUAUCGUGGUGUUCGCCACCUUCGUGUUGGCCAAGGCUAAUCCGGCACCAAAAAUCGAAAGCUCCCUCUUGGAUAACCUCCUACAAGCCGAAGGAACCGGACGCAGCGAAGCAUCCUUGGAGGAGACCAUCAAGAACUACAUCAAAUCCCAGGACCUAACCCUAAACUUACCCGUCAUUGGAUCAGUGACCUUAGACUCCAAGAAGCUGGACAACGAUGAGAUCGACCUCAAGCUCAACUGGGGAGGAGAAGUGCAAGCCCGCAAGAAGAGCAAGCUCAAGAAGAUCUUCAUCCCCAUCCUCGUGUUCAUCCUGCUCAAGGCCAUGACUCUGAUCCCACUCGCUUUGGGCAUCCUCGCCAUCAAGACCUGGAACGCCAUCCAGUUGUCGUUCGUGUCGUUCGUCGCCGCCCUGGGCAUGGCCGUUUGGAAGCUGUGCGGCAAAAUCGCCCACGACACCGCGCCGCAGAUCAUCCACGAGCACGCCCCGUGGCACCACGACGUGGUGCACGACCACCACGCCAGAGCCAAGAGGUCGGUCGAGCAGCAGAUGGCUUACAGUGCAUAUCCUCAGGGUCAAUAAGUUGUAUUAUUGAUGUGUGAUAUACGUUUUAUUUAUUGAGCAUUAAAUUAU